CUAUUAAAAAAAGUUAGUAGAGCUGUGACAGUCGCGGAUAGUGCACGCUGGUUUAAUUUAAAUAACGGGGUGAAUUUAUUUCAAACAAAAUGCCGAAGAAAUUGAAAGUUGUAGUGAAAUCGUUGUACUCACACGAGAUUCGAAAGGAUGUGAGUCUCGAUGACUUGAAGUCACUAAAGCUGGAAGAUGCGUGGCCAUUUAUUAGAGACGAAAUUGAAACAGAAAUCGGUAGCAGCCAAUUGGUUUGUGUUCCGCACAUCACGGAAACGGACCUCUACAAAUGCACCUCUCUAUUCGUUCCUAACGAAAAAGAAACUAACGGUAAAAUGUUCACGCCGCUUGGAGAAUUGAGCCAGAAUCUUAAUAAGGCAAAAUCCAAUAGCGAUUAUGUGAAAUGGCUGGAACAAGGCGAUUUUCAAGAGGAGGACUUUAAAUUUCCGCAUGAAAGCGUGAAGAUCACACUGCAAGAUGAAACCAUCAAGAACAAAGUGCGAGUGAUCAUGGUCAACUUUGUACGCUCCAGUGUCCCUAAGGACAAGCACCUUGUGAACAACAUCUAUCUUGAUGUCAAUAACAAAGAUCUGAAGGGCAAGAAUUCGGUGUACAUGAUCACGAACGUGCUGAUGGCGAAGACGAUCGAGUUCCGAGUGACGCGCGGCACCUCCUCGCGGAUCUUCCACCUCGGCAACUUGUCGCCGCUGGUCUUCGGGCUCGAGGAGUUCCUCAUCGGGGACGACGGAAAGCUCGUCAAGAAGGUACCAGUGACCAUCAAGUCCAAGGCCCUGCGUUGGAAGAAGGUGGACUCCUCGGAUCACUUGUACAUCGUGGGCAACGAAGCCUGCAGUGCUUAGAUUAUUUACACAGUUUAGUAAAAAUGCUUCGGGCUACCUGAAUGAGCUCACCACAAGAUAAACUUGCUGCCACAUGAGAUUGCGGAUGUAGCAUAUAAACGUAAAAAACCGUUUACUCAUAUAAAAAUAUGCUUAUAGGCGCGACAUUUGGCCUUAUGUUACGUGGACUUCACGUAUCUUUAAAAAUAGGCUGAUAUUUUAAAGGUGAUUUUCAAAAUCUCCAUAGGUACUAAAUUAAAAAAAGGUUUAUGUGUUAUCAAGGGCAGCUCUAGCAAGACCUCAAAAACUGGCGCCAUUCGUGAUUUUUCAGCUCCUCUUUCAUGGCGGCGCCGCUCGUACCGCCCUAGGGUCGUCCUUCGUCGUAAUGGAUGAGUAUCUAUUAGAUAAUUUCUGUUUUAGGAGGUAUUAUCACUUGGCCAAGCCAUGACCUAUUUUAUGAUAAUGAAUCACUAGGUUUAGAUUAGAUUUUAUCUCAGUUACUUAGAUAAUUGAUCUUUAUGAAACUGUAUGCAUAACCUAAAGGUUAAAAAGGCCUUAAAAGGCACACCAAUUAAAUUAAAAAAAAAAUGGUUUAUGUGUAAAGCGAGGUUUAGAC